AUGGAAUAUAGUCGAGGUCAAAAUCAAGUUGGUUCCCCAGAAGAUAUAGCAGUUGAUAGUGAAUUAAACGUUUAUGUUACGGACUCGAGUAAUAAUCGUUUGACAGAAUGGUCUGCACCUAAUUAUUUACAAGGUGAAAAUAUACUGGGCAAAAGCGGGGGUGCAGGUAAUGGUUUGGAAGAUUUAAAUCAUCCACUUGGUUUGGUUGUGGAUAAGGAAGAUAACUUGUACCUUUGUGAUAGGGACAAUCUUCGAGUUUUAAAGCGUACUCCUGGUGGAAAUGUUAGCAUUUUUGAGUUGACAAUAGUGCUUGUACUGCUUAUGGAUCAAAAUAAAGAACGAGCGUCAGACGAACAAAUUAAUUUAACAACAAUAUUGACACCAUUUGAGUAUUCAAUGUUCGAUGAAUACGAAAAACAAUGUUUUACAGCCGAAUAUUUGUUUUUUUCUAUGUUACUGGCCAUAAGUCAUUUUAGUCAGAAAUCGUAUUUUACUCAUUUGGUUGGUAAUCAACAAAUUGGUUUGAAUCUUUAUCAUAUCUGUGUUGGAGACAGUGGUAGUGCUAAAUCGCAGCAUAUUAGUGAAAUUAUUCGUUCAGCAAAAGCUACACAAAAAUUAUUCUCAUCUACAUAUAUUACUACAUUUCCAGGUGGAAGAAAUAAUGGAAAACGAGAAGAAUCAUCCAUUGUCGAAGAGCUAAGUGUCGUCGGUUUGCUAAAUUAUCUUCAGCAAGGUGACAAACUUUUGGCAAAUGCUGAAAUUGAUGCGUAUUUCGAUAAAAUUGGAUUGUACAAUCAGUCAAGUGCCACAGCCACUGAAGGUGGCUCAAGUUUAUGCUUAGCAUUUGAUUGGAUUAGAGAUUUUAGCCGUCAAACUGGAUCAUCAACUCUAUCAAUCAAAAAUGCAAAAUUAUCGCUCAUUGGAGGAACAACGGGUUGUAAAUUAGCAUUGCUAUUGAUGAAAUUCAUCAAAUUAACAGGGCUUGAAGGCUAUCGUUUUGCUCAGAAUGAAGAUGAUCGGCCAUUACUUGAAAGAGAAAAUUAUAAUGAAAAUGAUGUGUAUGAAUAUGAUCAAGAAAAUAAAAAUCAAGAUGAUUUAUUGUUAAAUAUAGUUUCAAUGCGUGAAUCAAUGUCAUUGACAUCACCUAAUUCUCCGCUUCAAAGAAAUGAAGACGAAGAUGGUACAAAUGAUAAGUUUAGUGCGUAUUAUUAUGUCUUCAAUGCCACCGCUGACGAAAUUGACAAGAUACCAUAUGUUCAUACUCGACAUUAUCGUGAUAUUUUAGCGAAAGCAGCCGUUAUUUAUCCAAAAUUAUGUGUUAAUAUGCAAUUAUUCAGAAAUUCGAUGGCUGUCCUCGAAGCAUUGGAAGGAGAAUAUCAAUUUCAAGAUGGGAUCAAAAACAGUGGAACAAUUCCAUUUGAAUUUAUUGAGAAAGUGAAAGAUAAAAUUAAUGAAAUGUUCCUAGCAAAAGCAGAAACAAAUGAAAAUGGUUUAAAAAUCUUAUAUGUAACAAAAGACGUUUGUGUUGGUGCAAAAAAAUAUUAUAAACAUUUACAAAACAUUUCGUUCGAGUUAUUUAAUAUAAAUGAAGGUGGUCCGCUUAAAAAAUCGCUAAUAUUAUUAGAAUCAACAAAACUAAAACAAAAUGCAUUCUCUUAUGCAAUCCACCCUACUGUCGUUGACCAAGUUCGACCAAAAAUAAAAAAGUACGGCUAUAAAUUAUUAUUGAAAUUGCAAUUUAAUAUAUUUAAUAAAUCAAUGUUGAAUAAAAAUAAAAUAUUAGGAGAUGGACCAUUAAGAAAUGUUUCACCUGAUGUCAUUGAUGAAUUGUUACUAGACUUGAGCCGCCGAGAUUUAUUGGUAAGAGGACUUGACAAAUGGCUCCAGGGUCAAACAGGUACAUAUGAUAGCUGGAUGAAAGCGAAAUUGCCACCACCCGGAUAUGAGCGAGAUCUGUUCAAAUCGCAUUUGUUGGCUUACAAUAUUCCAAUUGAAGAAUAUAACAACGUAUAUAUACAAUCAUCUCUACCCGAUUUUUAUCAUUUAACUGAUGCAGCAGUUUUGUUCUUUGAUACACAUUUGUCGUACGCAUCUGAAUACCAUAAAUAUCCACUUGAUUUAAAUAAUAUGAUCACUCAAAAACUAAAUGACGGAAUAAUAAUAUUUAAUACAGUUACAAAUAGUUAUGAAAUCAAUCAAAAUGGUCCAAAUUCAGAGAGUGAUGAAUUAUUAGUUUCAUCAGUAGCUGCUUCGGCGCAACUGAUUGAUUCAUGGGCAGAUCAGACUUCAGAAUCAACAACACUCAGACGAACCCCACUUCAAACAAUAUCUAAUUUACAGAGUGCUGAUCAGCUCGAUUCAUUGGCAAUAGAUACAUUAUUUUGA